GCAGCUAAACUGCUCUGUUCCGCUGGUAGCGGUUGAGCUGUGUUUUCAGAGUGGGAGAUGGACUGAGUGAGGGCGCUCUUCAGACCAGCGCUCCCGAUAGCAUUGCUAUAUACCAACAGACGAUUUCAGGUCAUCGAAUCACAAGAAAACAUAGUGCCAUUACCAAGUCUUUCACAUCCCACUCUAAACACACUAACACGGCAUUGAUGGUAAUGUAUGCAAGGAAACAACCGAGACUCGGCGAUGGGUGCGACCGAAGAGAUUCUCAGCCCUAUCAGACUCUCAAAUAUUCAUCCAAAAGCCAUCCAGGAGGGGAACACCGCCAUGAGAAGACGCGCGACCCCACAGAGGUCACCCCUCCUUGCAAAAUGCUCAGGAGGUCCGACAGCCCGGAGAACAAACACACGGACGGCACGGGCCACAGCAGGGCGAAGGCUGUCCACACACACCGCGUCAGAGAACGGGACGGAGGACCCAGUUAUUCUCCACAAGAAAAUUCCCACAACCACAGUUCCCUCCAUAGCUCCAACUCACAUUCUAACCCCAGCAAGACAUCAGACACAGUUCUGCGUUUCCCAACCCAGCCUUACGAGCCUGGCGACGACUGGUCAGAGCACAUCAGCUCCUCCGGAAAGAAAUACUACUACAACUGCAGGACGGAGGUGUCCCAGUGGGAGAAGCCCAAAGAGUGGCUGGAGAGAGAACAGAGGCAAAAGGAGGCAACAAAGAGCGCCGUUGUCAACAGCUUCCCCAAGGACAGGGACUACAGAAGGGAGGCCAUGCAAGCCACGGCAGCCCCCGGCUUCACCGGACCCAAGUCGACUCAGGCGGAGAAGCCCUCAGCGGCUCUUCCCAGCCAGUCGCAGUCAUCCUCCUCGGGUGCGGGCAGCGUGAACCCUUCAUCGGCGCCACCGGGCUCGUCGGCGUCCACCGUGCCCGUCUCCCCAGUCCUUCAGUCCUCCACACCCCCCAUCCUCCAGGACCCCAACCUGCUCCGCCAGCUUCUCCCAGCGCUUCAGACGGCCCUGCAGCUCAAUAACGCCAACGUGGACAUGACAAAAAUCAACGAGGUUCUCACAGCUGCUGUCACACAAGCGUCAUUACAGUCGAUGCUCCACAAGAUCCUCACAGCUGGACCGUCGGCUUUCAACAUCACUACUAUCCUCUCCCAAGCUGCUCAGCUUUCCAACCAAGCUCAACAAUCAAAUCAGUCACCGAUGUCUUUAACGUCAGAUGCCUCAUCGCCGAGAUCCUACGUGUCGCCCAGGAUCAGCACGCCGCAGACGAACGUCGGCCCUUUAAAGUCUCACCUCAGUGCACAGCCCGUCAUCUCACAACCAAAAGUGAGCACGCCAGUGGUGAAGCAGCCGCCUCAUUCCCAGCCCACAUCUCAGCAGUCGCUGUCCAGCGAGAAGCCGCACGGUCACGACGCCACCACGGCCUCCCCACGCACACUUCAGCGCCAAGGCAGUCAGAGGAGUCCCUCUCCUGGACCCAACCACGUCAGCUCCGGCAGCAACGCCUCCAACGCGGCCUCGGCUCCCCCCGGCGCCUCGGCAGUGCGGCCCUCCUGCUCCCUGACUCCCACGCUGGCCACCCACUUUAAUGAGAACCUUAUUAAACAUGUGCAGGGGUGGCCUGCAGAACAUGCAGAGAAGCAGGCAUCCAGGCUACGUGAAGAGGCCCACAGCAUGGGCAGCAUCUGCAUGUCCGAGAAUUGCACUGAGCUCAAGAAUCUGCGCUCGUUGGUCAGAGUCUGUGAAAUCCAAGCUACGCUGCGGGAGCAGAGGAUAUUGUUUUUGAGACAGCAAAUCAAAGAACUUGAAAAGUUGAAGAAUCAAAAUUCCUUCAUGGUCUGAGAACUUUGGUGUCGAGAGUUUUGUUUUUGGGGGGUUUGAGGGGAAGGGGGAAACCCAUUGCACAUAGUUGAAAUCUGGAAAGAAAGCAGUUGUUCGGUUCCUCUUGAACCCAGUCUUAACACACACAUAAACACACACACAUACACACUCUCUCAGAGGAGUUUGAGUCGGGUUGGUUUGGACCGUUGGACUGGGAGACCUGAAAGGGAGAACCGAGGAGCUGCUGUUGGAGGAGGAGGGUUGAUUUACAAGACGCUGGUUUUGUGAAAAACCCUCGGUGGGGGAGGGUGGAAAAAAAAAUGUAGAUUUCUUGUAGAUGUUAUUAUCUAUGUUGUAAAUAUGUUUUGUAGAUUGAAGCCAUGGAAAGCCAUGCCUAUCAAAGCUUUUUGGACAUCCAGACUAA